GAGCCUAAUUGAGUGCUUGGUGCUUAUUUCCGGUCAGAUUUUGUUUGUAUAUUUGGUGGUGCGUUUUGUUAAUUAGUACUAGCUAGCUAGUGGUAUGGGACGGCAACCUUGUUGUGACAAACUUGGGGUAAAGAAAGGGCCAUGGACAGCUGAGGAGGACAAGAAGCUCAUCAACUUUAUUCUCACUAAUGGCCAGUGUUGCUGGAGAGCUGUGCCUAAGCUCGCCGGGCUUCGCCGGUGCGGCAAGAGUUGCAGACUCCGUUGGACCAACUAUCUCCGGCCCGACUUGAAGAGAGGCCUCCUUACUGAAGCUGAAGAACAGUUGGUUAUUGAUCUCCAUGCUCGUCUUGGAAAUAGGUGGUCCAAGAUUGCAGCCAGAUUGCCAGGGAGGACUGAUAAUGAGAUCAAGAAUCAUUGGAACACCCAUAUCAAGAAAAAACUGCUUAGGAUGGGAAUUGAUCCUGUCACGCAUGAACCCCUCCACAAAGAAGAUCAGUUGGGGUGCAGCAAGGAAACCAACUCAUCAUCAUCAUCCCAUGAUCAUAAAAAUAACUUGCCAGAUCAUCAAUCUACAAAUGAUCAUAGCAUGGUCGCCAACUCAGCCGGAUCGGAGGACAUGAACUCAUCAAGCUCACCCCCAGAAAACUCUUCCUCCGGCGACGAAUCAACGCUGCUAGAUAGCAUUUGCAACGACGAGUCGUUGAUGAAGAACCUGUGGGUGGAUGAAACUCCUCUGAUUGAUGCAUUGUGGAGCAACAAUGGUCAAGUAGUAGCAGAUCACGGAGGCAACGAGAUUAAUAUUGAGAAUGGCAUGGGGUUGCAAUCUUGGGAGGACAAUUGUGCAUGGCUUUUGGAUUGCCAGGACUUCGGUGUUCAUGAUUUUGGCAUGGAUUAUUGCUUCAACGACGUCGAAUUAAACGGUCUCAGCACAUUAGAGAUGGGAGAUAAAUUAAGCACUACUAUAAAUUAAUAAAUAUAAUUAAUAGCAUGCAGUUAUGAUAUAUUAAUGUGAAGAGAGAGUAGUGUUUAAUUCAAAUGUGCUUACAUGUUACAAAGUACCAUGUCUGCUGCCUCACUUUUAAGUUCUUUUGCUGGUGUUGAAUAUUCUUGGAAGGUCGAGCUUCAAACCUGCUUUCUGAUGAAGAGGUCUCUCACCAACCCAAGAAACAGCCAUACCAAACUACCUAAGAAAAUGUCACGUAAAAGUUAGGGACAGGUUGGACAAUAUUGUAAAAAUGUAAUCAUAUUACUGGGUUUUGCUAAGACGAAACUUUCUGUACAUUAAUUAUUUUAUGCUGAAUUAAAUAAAGCAAAAUGGUUCAUUUGU